AUGAGUGCUGGGAAACAUUUAAAUAAAGGUUCUACAAUACCAGAAUUACCCGAUGAUGGCAUGCUGCGUUUGUAUUCAAUGCGUUUCUGCCCUUAUUCUCAUCGCGUUCAUUUAGUACUAGACGCUAAAAAGAUACCAUAUCACACCAUUUUUAUUGAUGUGAGCGAUAAGCCAGAAUGGUUAACUGAUUUAAAUCCUCUGGGCAAAGUGCCGGCCCUACAAUUGGUAAAGGAAACUGGUCAGCCUGCUUUAGUUGAAUCGUUGAUUAUAUCCGAAUAUUUGGAUGAAAAAUACCCGGAAAAUCGUUUAUUUCCAAAAGAUUCUUUAAGGAAAGCCCAGGAUAAAAUUCUAAUAGAACGUUUUAAUCCUGUAAUUGGAGCAAUGUAUAAGAUGUUUGUUAGCCCCGAAGUUGUACCUGGGGCUAUAACUAAUGUAUCCACUGGUUUGGAUAUUUUCGAGGAUGAACUUCAAAAACGUGGCAGCGCCUACUUUGGUGGCGAUAAGCCUGGCAUGUUGGAUUACAUGAUUUGGCCUUGGUGUGAACGUUCGGAAAUGCUGAAAUAUUUACUGGGUAAUAAAUACGAAAUGGAUAAAAAGCGCUUUAAUAAUUUGUUAAAAUGGCGGGAUUUAAUGAUUGAGGACGAAGCAGUUAAAUGCUUCUAUUUAGAUGGUGAAACUCAUGCUAAAUUUAUGAAGACACGUCGCGAAGGCAACCCAAACUACAAUAUGCUUGUAAAUCCCAGCAAACGCCAACGUACAUGCUAAGAAACAAAAAAAAGUAAGAAUAAGAAAAAAAACAUGCCAAAUAGUCCUAUUUUUAUCAGCCCAGCAGCAUUUAACGUAAUCUCGUUUAGAUUACAAAUUUAACUGUUGUACACUUUAUGUUUGACUUUGGACCCUAUUACUUUUUAUAUAUAUACAUGUAUAUAUAUAUGUA